UCUUUCUCUCGCUCUCUACUUUAAAGUGCUUUACCGCUUCGGCCAACAUCCUGAAACAGGCCACUCUCCACUCCACCCCAGUACUCCCCUCUCCUUCAGACAAACGCAUGGAAUCCAGCUGCUUGAAAAGAGAGGCGUAAAGAGAGCAACUUUUCAGAGGAGAAAUAAAUGUUUGGAGUCUGCUUUUGGCUUCCUGGGCAGAGCUACAUGCGGUGGCUGACUGUUGGAGUUAAAAAAGGAAACAAUCCCCUUUUUCCUGUGUGCGUGUUUUCGGUCUGCACAUGUGCUAAACAGUGGGAGCACAAAUUGGACUGAAGAAGACCUUGGAUGCAACAGCAAAAAGGAGGAUUAGCCAAAAGAAGAGAAGUGAAAGUAGUAAAAGACUGAAGCAGCAGAAGUUAAACUGAGAAUACAGGAAAGGAGAAGUAAGAGUUGGAGUCCAAAGGGAAAUUUCAGCAGCAGUACAGAUAAAAAUAUAGAGGAGUGAAAAGAACCUCACCUGACCCACUUGUCCACUUGGCCAGGUGGUGCAACCUCCUUCUUCCCCUCUCCUCCUUCCCUUUUUUUUACCCUGACAUGGGCCGCCUGCUGGCCCUGACCCUCGCCUACCUGGCCUACCUGCUGGCCACUGCUAUUGGCUCCCAGCGCCAGCAGCACCGUGUGCAGCACGGCUCCUGCAGCUACACCUUCAUCCUACCUGAAGUGGAGCACUGCCUUCCUGUAAAGGACUUCCAGGUCACUAAUACCCUGCAGAGAGACUCCCCACCUGAGGCCGAGCCUGAUACAGGAGAAUCCAAGGAAAGGCCUUCAUGGCAGGAGAGGAAGCUGGAAAGUCUGGAGAACGCUAUGGAGAAUAACACACAGUGGCUGCAGAAGCUGGAGAACUUCAUCCAGGAGAAUGUGCGCUCUGGGAUGGAGGAAAUCAAGAGAUCUGCAGUACACACCCAGACAGCUGCCAUGUUGGAGAUGGGGACCAACCUUCUCAGUCAAUCGGCGGAGCAGACGCGCAAACUGACAGAUGUUGAGACCCAGGUGUUAAACCAGACAAGUCGUCUGGAGAUCCAGCUGCUCGAAUACUCGCUCUUCACAAACCGUCUGGAGAAGCAUAUUCUCCUUCAGACACAAGAGAUCUCACAUCUGAGUGAUAAAAACAGUUUUCUGGAACAAAGGCUCUUAGCGCUGGAGGCUCGGUAUGGGAAGGAGCUACAGGGUUUAGAGAGUGAAAAGCAACAGCUCCAAGAUCUUCUUGAGAGGCAGAGUCGACUGGUUAGUCAGCUUCAGGGUGAACUUGGAAGCUCUAUGCUCAACAGCACAUUACUGCAGAGACAACAGGCAGUGCUCACGGACACUGUUCAGCAGCUGCUGACUAAAGUCAGUCACUGCAAUGAAAUCUCCAAUAUGCCCCAGAAGGAGCCACUUAGUUUCAGGGACUGUGCUGAGAUCCUGCGAUCAGGAGUGAAAGAAAGUGGAGUAUAUAGUAUACACCUUCACAACUCCACCCAGGAUGUCAAGGUGUUCUGUGACAUGAAGACCAGAGGUGGGGGGUGGACGGUGCUGCAGCAUCGAAGAAAUGGCUCUGUUGAUUUCAAUCGCGAGUGGAAGGACUACAAAAUGGGCUUUGGAGAGCCGUCCGGGGAAUACUGGCUGGGGAAUGAUAUCAUCCACAAACUGACCAGCUCCCAGGAAUACAGUCUACACGUCCAGCUAAAAGACAGGGAGGGGAAUGAAGCCUUCUCACACUAUGAUCGCUUCUACAUAGAUGGAGAGGAAAGCAACUACAGUCUUAAUGUCGAGGGCUUUAGUGGCACUGCUGGCCGAACCAGUAGCCUCAGCCACAAUGGCAGCCAAUUCAGCACCAAGGACAGAGACAAUGACCGUUGCACCUGCAAGUGCGCACAGCUCGCUUCAGGAGGAUGGUGGUUUGAAGCUUGUGGCCCAUCGAACCUGAAUGGGAUUUAUUACCCGGCUUCAUUCAAUGUGGCUCGCUACAAUGGUAUCAAGUGGUACUAUUGGAAAGGUCCAAAUCUGAUGGCUACCAUGACAACGAUGAUGCCUCUGGUGCCAGGUGUUUGUCUUCAUGUCAGAUACAACUUCAAAAAGCCACACAUGCUGGAAUUGGGAAGUCAGACGAGCUUCGCUUUGCACCAGUGAUCUGAUGAAUCAUCCAAUAACAAAGAUCCCUGUGGUGCCCAUUAGAAAGUAGAUGGGUUGCACCUCAACAAAUAGUAACCAGCAUCUGCUGGUGCACACUGGGGACAGCAGCCGCUGCUAAGUGGAGGAUGACUCAUGAGGAUGUUGGCAGGCCAUAUCUACAAUAUCUGCUAAGUCCUGAGCUUCAUUUGUUGAAGGACAGACUGUGAGAAGAGCGCUUAAACAUCUCAUCUGCUCUGUGUGAAACAUCUCUGCUGCAAAUUAGAGAUGACUGCAGAAACUGCAACAUGUGUAAUGUACAGUGCUGUGAGCCAAGUUUUGGUGUUUGACAUGUCCUGUUUAUUGCAGUUGAUGUUGGAGGUACUUAAAAAAGGAAAUAUUUGCUUUCUGGAAAAAUAUAUGGGAAAAUAAAUUUCAAAUAAAACAAAAAAACUGGUUGACUUGUACAAACAACAAGCUUUUUUUGCAUGCUUUAUGGCUUGUGAAGGACCACUGUCUUACACUGUGAAGUCCAGAUAUCCAUACCAGAUAUCAGGUCU